UAAGGCAGAUAGCAGGGGGUGAAGUGUGAGAUCAUCUUAUUUUAACAACCCAGCUCACACUUCAUCAGACCAACAACCUAUCCGCCACUAGAAUUUAUUUGUUUUGCAGAUGACGAUUCCGCCGUAUUAACAGUUAUUUACUCCUAGUUCAUAAAUCCUUGGGGCCUCGGACAAGCUUUGAAAAUGCCCAGUCUGAUCGACUUUAGGUCAAGGAUAGAGUUGGGCGACGUCACUCCCCACAACAUCAAGCAGCUCAAGAAACUUAAUACAGUCGUUUUCCCAGUUUCCUACAAUGAGAAGUUCUACAAGGAUGUCCUGGAAGUCGGCGAACUCGCCAAAUUAGCCUAUUACAAUGAUAUAGUCGUUGGUGCCGUUUGCUGCCGGGUUGACACUUCUGACAAUUCCCGUAGGUUGUACAUAAUGACACUCGGUUGUCUCUCGCCAUAUCGAAGGUUAGGAGUUGGCACAACCAUGGUGGAACACGUCCUGAAUCACGUCCAGAAAGAUGGAAACUAUGAUAAUGUCUAUUUGCAUGUACAGGUGAAUAACACAGGUGCAAUAGAUUUUUACAAGAAAUUCGGAUUUGAGAUUCACGAAACGAAGAAACACUAUUACAAAAGGAUCGAACCUGCAGAUGCUCACGUACUUCAGAAAACUCUAAGGCCUGCCCUUACUAAUGGAAUUUCGUUACCCAAUGACAAAAAUAAUCAAUGUGACAAAAACAGUUAUGAUAAGAACCAUAGUGACAGGCAUCAUCAUCAUAACGGUAAACAUCACAGUGAUAAAAACCACCAUCAAGAUAAGAAGUAGUGAUAAAUAAAAAUUGUUUUUCUUUUUAAUUUAUACUUAUUUUUAUAAAUACAUCUGUUGAUCAUAAUUGAUUGAAAAACAAUAAAAUGAUUUAUGAAGUAUUCAUAAAUUGUUAGUAUAAAUUUUUAAUACUUUUUUUUAAGCAGUGAAAUUAUUGAAAUAAUGUGCUAUUAUAUUUUACAAAAAACUCAAAUCAUGGUACUAUGAACAUACAAGAUAAACUGCUCGUCUUUAAGCUGGAAAAAAUGUUCAGUUCGUAAUGAUUGAGUCACUGUUUCCAACAAGACUGUGAAUUUCAAAAAGCAAACAAAUUGUUACUCGAUUGUGAGAAUGUUUUAAAUAAAAACUUGAAUCAUGUUGAUGACAAAUUGCAGUUUUCUCGUUAUGUAGUUGUUCCACGAGAUACUGUUCGUGUAUCUCAUGUAUUCGAUAAGAGUGUACAGAAUAAAUUUUUUUUUCUUGUUGUAA